AUCAUUUUUCUGCGGUUCCAGGGUUCGUUGUCCGGCGAGGGAGAGCGCGCCUUCUUCUCUGCCAGCAUGACUGAAAAGGCUCCAGCCGCCCCCGCUGCCCCGGCGGCCAAGAAGGCGAAAAAGGCGGCGGGCGCCCCCAAGCCCCACAAGCCCUCCAGCCCCAGCGUGACGGAGCUGCUGGUCAAGGCGGUCUCGGCCUCCAAGGAGCGCGGCGGGGUGUCCCUGGCCGCGCUGAAAAAGGCGCUGUCGUCGGGCGGCUACGACGUAGGGAAGAACAACGGACACCUCAAGCUCGCCCUCAAGAGCCUGGUGAGCAAAGGGACGCUGAUGCAGACCAAAGGCGCAGGCGCUUCGGGCUCCUUCAAGCUCGGCAAGAAGCCGGCCGCGGAGUGCAAGGAGAAGGUGGCCAAGAAGAAGCCAGCCAAGAAGGCCUCCUCCGGGGUCAAGAAAAGCCCGAAGAAGGUGGUGAAGAAGCCUGCUGCGUCAGGCGCCAAGAAGCCAGCCAAGAGCCCGCAGAAGGCUAAGGCUGUCAAAGCGAAGAAAGCCGCCAAGAGUCCGGCUAAAACCAAAGCGGUCCAGGCGAAGGCCAAGCCGAAGACGCCCAGAGCCAAGACGGCCAAGCCGAAGAAGGCGGCGCCUAAAAAGAAGUGAAUGUUUUAGCAGAGAUUUGAUCCUAAAAGGCUCUUUUAAGAGCCACCCACAAAUUAAUAGAAAGGGCGAAAAUCCGAGGAGAUAUCUGUUUCUGACCAUGCCUUUUCUUGGGGUGGAAGUUAAAAAUAGGAUUGGGGGGUUGGUUUGGAUGGUGUUCGUGGGUACUCUCCAAGCAUUUAAGUCUGUAUCUGGAAGAAACAGACUGAACUGGUUAAGCCAGUUUCUUGGUUAAUAGGUCCAGCCAAGUCUGUCAACAUUAACAUAUCUAAAGACUUGAGCAGGAGCAGAUCUGUUGCCAUAGGAAUAAAUGACCAGGGAUACUCCUUGAAGAGGGCAGCCCUCACCACCACCACCACCCCACCCAAAUAGGCCCAAGAGGUAGCCUGUGUGUUUUUGAGUUAGUCUGAUCAAACCUAAUGGGGAGUGUUGGAGUGUUAAUGUUGUGAGCUCUUCCAUCUUAUGUUCAAGUUGUAUAUAUGUGUAAAUAAAGCUAUAUAUCAUAAAGAUAC